UGGCCCGGCGGGGGCCCACGAGGGCGGGGCCCACCGGGUUUUUUCCCGGUGUCCCGCCGGGCCAGUCCGACACUGCCUUGGCUUCAGUCAUUCUGUUGACGAGGGAUCCGGUUAGUGAUCAGGAGUGAGUGUGGGAGGAUCAGGAAGCCGGCACAUCUGAAGGAGGGACAGUUAUGUUAUUAAUACCGAGCCGCCCGCAGCUGUGAUUUUAGUUUCCAAACAGCCGGCGCGCCAUGAGGUCUUACCUGUUCCUGCUGUGCGCUCUGGGGGCGGCCUCUCAGCCCAUCUGUAACCACCCUCCGAGCGCCUGGUGCAGUUCCUGGGAAAUUGCCAAGGAGUGUCAGGUAGAAAAACAGUGCUUGGAAUUCUACUCUAAUCGAGAUUUGGUGAAGUCUUCUGCGCCAUCUGUUCAGAUAGAUUUAUAUUAUGAAAGUCUUUGUGGAGGCUGUCGAGGUUUCCUUAUCCAGCAGCUGUUUCCAACAUGGCUGAUGCUUUCUGAGAUCAUCAAUGUAACAUUAGUGCCUUAUGGGAAUGCACUGGAAACCAAUGUCAGUGGUGAAUGGGUUUUUAAUUGCCAACAUGGACCUGAGGAAUGUCAAGGAAACAUGAUGGAGACCUGUCUUAUCCAUAUUAUCGGUGAUAUAUACCAAUAUUUCCCAAUCCUUUUUUGCAUGGAGUCUUCCUACAAUGUCACAAAAUCUUUGGAAUCAUGCCUUGCAGUUUAUGCACCAGAUGUAGCACUUAAGACUGUUCUGGAGUGUGUAAAUGGGGAUUUGGGGAACAAACUGAUGCACCAAAAUGCUCAGAGAACUGAAGGACUCAAUCCUCCUCAUGAGUAUGUGCCCUGGAUUGUUGUUGAUGGAAUGCACACUGAUGAACUUCAAUCACAAGCUCAAAGUUCUCUCUUUCACCUUGUUUGUAGCAGAUACAAAGGCCCAAAGCCAGAUCCCUGCUUGACCAGUGAAAUUACACCAUUAAAAAGGGAUGUUCUGUGCAUAAACUGAAGUACUCUACUCCUAGAAAUUAUUCCAACACAAGGGCAAAUAUACUUUUCAGGCUAACCAUGUUUUCUUAGCCAUACCCAUCCUUUGUUUUUUACCCCCUUUCCGCACUCCAUUAUGUACUUCCAACAGUAUAAAUAUAUGUUUAUGCUUUACAUCUCACUAGAAGCCUUUCUUGCUACAGUGUUGCAGGGCGAGCCUUUCUUAAAUGCUUAUGUUCACUCUCCCUGUUGAUAUGACAAUGCUCAAUCUAUGACUAAAUGGACUAUUGGCUAGGUACUACUCCGCCACAUCAUUAUGGUAUACUUAGUUGAGGUUGUGGUUUGUUUUCACACAGGUUAUGGGCAGACUAGGUGCUAUCUGAUAACACCAGAUAACAGCUGUUUCUAUCUAGAUUUUUUUGUCCCCGGUUACAACAAACCGCUAAUAGCUGCCAUGUAGCCCCCACCCCCGGCCAAUGGUAAUUUAUUUCUGACACUACAAAUCAUUUGUGCAACAUGAAGAAGGUUGUGGUUAGUGAGUCUGAAAGAAAUAGUAACACCUAGUCAGGGCAGUCAUCAGGGGGGAGAGUUAUAGGGGGCGCCAAGGGUAAGGGGGGCCACACUUACUUGAUUAGCCGGGCCCCCCAUCUUUCUGAGAGCUGCUGACUUCGGGAAGGCAUGGACGUUUAAGGGGCCCUGGCCACCAAUUUUCUUAUAAUGUGGGGGGGGGGGCCUGGUCACCAAUUUUUUUUCUCAUUUGGGGUCCAAGCCACCAAUAUUUUUUAAUGGGGGGGCCCAGGCCACAAAUGUUUUUUUAUGGGGGGCCCUGACCACCAAUAUCUUUUUAUUUUUUAUUAACAUGUGGGAACCCUAGCCACCAAUAUUUUUUUGUUUUUUUACUGUGUGGUGGGGGGCGGACCUGUAGGAGGGGCUUGCAGUGGGCGCAGCCCAGGGGGCUCAGGAAAUUUUGUUGUAUGGGGCUCUGCGAUUUUUGAUGGCAGUCCUGCACCUAGAAGACUAGUCAAACCUGUCUACAGGCUUUUUGAUGCUGACAUUCCAGAUAAACCGCUGGGGUGGGGUGUAGUGUCCUAAUCCUAAAAGAAAGUAAGGGUGGUGGCACACGGGGAGAUUAGUAGCCAAGCAAUACAUUUUUUGCUACUGCUACUUGCCUCACAAGGAAACUUCUGGUGAUUUCGAAAACCAAAGCAACAGGUAUGCCAUCCCACUGGCGAUUCACAUUCUUGCCGAUAGGAAGGCAUUAUGGGGAGAUUAGUCUCCUGCAGUAGCAGUUUAUCACUUGGCGACUUAUCUCCAUGUGUCACCACCCUGAGAAACAUCAUAUUUAUAUGGAAAGACAUUUUGGGAAAUAUCUUGUCUUUAUAUUUUUUUAUUUUCUAAUUUACACACGGUUUUCAGUGAAAGGAAAUUGGAGAAGUCGAAUUCAGCUAAUUGAAAUUCUUUACUGCUUACUACAUGGUUGUCCAUUAAUUCAUAUGUAAAUAUAUUAAAGGAAUAAUUCAUCUUUGA